GCAAAAACUCAAUGAUUGAUCACAAACAAGGGCGACCGUGGGUCUGUCUCACCUGAUUGUCCAUCCAUCAAUGCAUUGUGUAGACAGACAGACGCGAGCACAGCCACGUUCAGACGCAUCAUUGCAUUGACAGCCAGCCAGCCACAUACAGAUAAAGCAAACCAUCCGUUUACAUAGCGUCUAGUCUAGCUGGCUACGCCACGCUGCAUUGCAUUGCACUGUCCACACGGACCUCCCUCCCUCCCUCCCAUCUUGUCCAUCCACCCAUCCAUGAGCCUGCCUGCGGCCAUCGGCUCUCUCGGAGAGGAUGACAGCUGCAGAGCCCAUGGAACGAGGGACGGAAUACGACCAAGCAAACGAAUCCACACACACACACACACACACACAUGCUGAGCAGCCAACCCAUCGAUGAUCGAUGACGCGAGCAGCCAGCCAGCCGGCCAUUCGCGUGCAGAGUUGUAUUGUGUUGGGUGAGAGUCAGUCAUCCGGGGGCUUGGCAGCUCGCCGCCUCAUCUGCAGCAAGCCCAACACAUACAUACACAUGGGUGGAGGAGAGGUACAAAUGGCGUACAGGGAUGGCAUUAACAUCGCAUCACGUCCGUGCGUUUGCUAGGCGCGCUAGCUAGACAGCCAGCCAGCCAGCCAGCCAGCCAGAAGGCAACGAGAAACGACCAUUAAAAGGCGGAGCUACUCAGAAGGGGGGAGGGGUCAGAAAGGGGGAGGGGUGGAGGCUACGAGUGCUUGCCCUUGAGUAGAGGCAAGCUGCUGUCCUUACAAAGCUCUGUCUGUCGGUCCUUCUCUGUCUGUCUGCCUUAUCGUCUCAUAUGCACUCACUGGUCUGAAAAAUACAUACAAGACGAUCUACGUGUCGGUGCCUGCCUGCCUCUCUGUCUGUCUGCCGCAAAGCCUGCUUCCUAUUUGCCUACCUGCCUGCCUGCCUGCCUGCCUCUCGCGUCUACGCACUCACACCCCCCCAGGCACAUGGACACGUCCAUCUAGGCAGCUAGGCACCCACCCACACCCCCAGCCCACACGCAUCGCAUGUAGGUCAUGUCAUGUUUCGUUCAGCCACGCACCUUGGUGGGCCCCUCGCCUCCCGCCAUGUCGGCAGCGCCGCCCUUGUGCGUGUCUUUCUCGCCAUCCAGCACGCUCACCGGCACCUCGUCGCCACCGCUCCCAACGUCCGUCUCCUUGGUCACAGUGCGCGCCGCCGUGCUAUCCCCGCCGCCAACCCCAGUCUCCCCCUCGGCUGCACGCGGCCCCUCAUUCGCUGCCUGGUGGCCAGAUUGUGGCAGUUGGCUGUGUUGUUGGUUGUGCUGCUGGACCGCAGCGCCGCUCAAAUUGGAUCUGGCAGUGGGUGAGCCGCUGCUGCCCGUUGCCGAGUCCGUGUAGAGGGGCGGUGGGGUGUGGGUGGUCUGCGUGUGAGUGGGUGAGCCGCCCUUGGGGCUGCCGUGGUUGGGGGGCUCGAUCUUUUGCAGGCGGAGGUUGGAUGAGACGAGCACGACGUAGGUGAUGAGGUAGUAGGCCAGGAGGAGCAGCAGGAGAGAGAUGCAGCAGCUGGCCACGGUGGUCUGGUCGAACGACAGACGGGCCAGCACCUCCUCGCCGGUGCGCAGGCAGCCCUGAAUGGACACACACACACAGACACAUAUCAAAGAGAGAGACGUUAGGGUAAGUGUGUGUGUGUGUGUGUGUGUGCACCGGUUGGUCAGCAUAGUCGCAUUCGAACUUGAGCCCCGUGAAUUCGUUGAUGCAAAGGGCCUCAAAGCCCCACCUUGUGGGCAAAAAGGCCGACACGGGUACAUGAUAUAGCACGACAACUGAGCAAACACGUCUGUGUGUACCUGAUGAGCGAGAUGUUGUCGAGCCAUCUGAAGACCCACGGAAUGUUGUCGGGGUUGAUGUAGUAGCCGCCGAAGACGAUGAAUAUCACCAUCACCGCAGGAGCUAUCGCCAUCGCUGCCUCAUAGGACGGGCAAAACGCACUGAUGCUGCACCGAAGACGCACACAUGAUGAGUACAGUGAGGCCGUGUGUGUGUGUGUGUGUGGCAGAACCGUACCAGAGUCCAAAUGCCGAUGCGACGAACGACUCGAGUGUGAUGGUGGCGAUGAAGAAGAGGAACCGCAUGAACGAGGGAUUCAGCCCCGCCAGCGGAUACAUCACCGCGCCGAAGAAACAAGGGAAAAACGCACCUAUACACACACACAGACACACACACACAGACACACGUGUGGGCAGAUGCCCACGCAUCCCCUGUGUGCAUUUCUCUCUCGUCGCACCCACCUAUGGGCAGUUCUGCGGCGAGUUUGGCAAUGAAGUAGGGCGUGACUCGGUAGAGCUUCGCCUCCCUCUCUCGAGUGACGACCUCCCUCUCCCGCACAAACACCGUGAUGGUCUUGAUCAGUGAUGACAUCGCACCAUUGAUCGCCGCUACCUGCACAUAAACACACGCACAUCCAUCCAUCCAUCCACUCAUCCUGGAUGUCCGAUUAUGGAUCACCUGCAGGAGUCCGAGUCUGUCCUGAAUGUGCGACUGGAAGUUCUGGAUCCUGAAGAAGAUCGAGCCGAACACGAUGGCCGAGAACAGCGCGCUGCCGAACCGACUCUGGUUCGUAAACUUGUCCCGAGACACCUGACAAGAUGACACACACAUAGCCAUUCACUCAUCCAUCUGUGUGUGUGUGUGUGUGUGCACACCUGCCUCCAGGAGCGCAUGAAGAGGAGUGCGAACUGCUCCCACAGUGGCGCCAGGGGGGCCGUGAUGACUGACGGGCGGAUGUUGAACGCCGAAGGGGCGCUGAAGAGCGUCCUGGGGGACAGACAGACACAAUCGCACCCGCAUAGAUUGACUACAGUGGAGGGCGGGAUGUUCAGAUUUGCCCACCCGCUCUUGAUGGCCUCUUGGUGAAUGGGGUUGCUGUCCCUGCAGGCGGUCACCAGCUGCUGCACGCGAGCACGGCUUGACUCCUCAGCCUAGCAGCACCACACCACACCCACCACAGAUAGGCAGACAUGCACGGUUCGUGUGUUUUGCGGGAAUGCAAUCAAUCAAGUCGCUCUCACCUCGGUGGAUGUGAAGUCGAUGGAGGCCAGGUCGACGCAGAACUCAGCCAGGUUGUAGUUGGGCGGGCACUGGUGGCCCAGACGGCUGAAGUGCCCCACCAUGUCGCUGGCCAGACCGCAGUACACCUGCACACACAUGGUAUUCGUUAGCUGGUAGAGUGUGUGUGUGUGUGCGUGUGUGUGUGUGGUUGUUGUGUCGGUUGGUUGACCUGCUCUCCCUCCGACAGGACGAUGACGUCGUCGAACAUGGUCCAGAUGGAGCUGCGCGGCUGGUGGAUGGACACUAUCACCGUCUUGCCCUGGUCGUGAGCCAAGCUCCGCAGCGACGCCAUCACACGCUCCGCCUGUCGACACACAGAUCAACGUGCAUCCCGCUGCACGGUGUGCCACUGCAUAUGCACCGUACCUGAAAGGCAUCGAGUCCCGUUGUUGGCUCGUCCGCGAAAAUGACGGCAGGCGUGCCGACCAGCUCGCACCCUAGGCUGAGCCGCUUCUUCUCUCCUCCGCUGACCCCCCGCCUCUUAUCGUCCCCCACCAGCGUGUUGGCGCACUUGGCCAGCCCCAGCUGGCUCAGCAGCUCGCCCACAAAGGCCUCCUUGUCGUUGGUCGAGUGCUUGGACGGCAGCCGCAGGCGCGCCGCCAUGAGGACCGUCUCGUGGACGGUCAGCUGGCCGUAGAAGACGUCCUUCUGCUGCACGAAGGCCUGCCGGUGCGUGGACUUGGCGAGUGGGGUGCCGCCCACGAUCACCUCGCCCGAGAGGGUCGCGCCCUUGACGUACGCCAGCUGGCCGGCCAGGGAGUGCAGCAGGGUCGUCUUGCCUGAGGGAUCAAUCAACACACACACAAACACAGACACAGCCACACACAAAACACAAGUGCAUCCCUGAGUGACAUGACUGCAUGUGCUUAGCUGACCUGAUCCGGAUGGUCCGAGUAUGGCCAUGAGACAUCCCGGCCUCGCCAUGCCGCUGAUCUCCUUCAAAAUGCGGUGAGGCUGCGCCCCCUUCUUGGCGGGCAGGAUGGAAUAAGACAGCCGACGGAACUCAAUGGUGAGUCCUGGCGCCUUGCUGCCGCCGCCGUAUCCGCCAUGCGUGGGGGUGAAGACGGGCAGCAGGGGUUCCUUCUCGGCCACAGAGGGGUCGAUGGCUAUCUCGGGGGCUGCUGAGUCGCUCAUGCCGCUCUCACAUGCAAAUCACCUCGGAUGACUCAGACUCCCCAGGCUGUCGCAGGUGUCGUGUGGCUGCCUUGUCCUUUGGAUCAGGAGCCGCGCUGACGCUUCUUGACGUCGCUGACGCCUGCUGACGCCGAACGACAAUGUGACUUGGCCCACGGAAUCUGGUCGCCCUUGCGAGAUGAGCUGACUCAGGGGACGAAGCGCUUCGUCAGCAGCUGUACUGCAACGCCGAAGAAGGACUUGAGCGCGGGGAGGGA